ACUGCGCAUGUCGGCUGCAAAAGACGACCGGAAAAAUGUCGUGUUGUGCUGUGGGAUGCCAGAAUCGGAAAUCUGUGAACAGUGGUCUUAAGUUUUACCGAAUACCCUCAACUCACACUCCUUUUAAUGCAAACCGCAGACGACUUUGGUUACAAGCCCUCAGAAGAGCCGAUUGGAACGAGGAUCAAAUUAAAAAUGCCCGGCUCUGCAGUUCACACUUCAUAUCAGGAGAGGUAUCUAUGGACUUCAAUAAUCCCGACUUUGUCCCUUCUGUCUUUUCCGACUCAAACCAGUGUGAAAUAAACGAAGGCGAUGCAAAACUUGAGAGAUUUAAGAAGAAAAGAAAAAAGGAAGAAACCACCCACAGACCACCAGAUAAUGUACAGCAGUCCAAAGAAGUUAGUGAUGAGGUUGCAUCAGAAUCUUCAGGAGCUUACCUGUCCUCAGAUGACUGCAGAAUGGAGCCUGGUGCUGGUCCUUGCACUGUGUUACUGAACCCAACGUUGCACCAGUUCAUGCCACCAAGAGGCAGGAAGCGCAAGAAAAAAUCGAAAGAUAGAUCAAACUUUUCCUUCCUUUUCCUUGGAGGGAAAAAGCCACAGAAGAAAGUACAGAUAAAUGUUGGAGUCAUGUCAAUGCUGAACGGGGUGUUUACGCCAGUACGUGGGAAAACCGUUGUAUUGCCCACACAUACGGAAAUCACAGGACCACAACUCCUCACGCAAGCUGUGAAACAAAUACAGGAUUUCAACAAAGACGUGGAUGAAGGGCCGUACGUCCUUCUAUAUCCAGACGGAUCACAAGUCAUUACUCUCCCAGGGACACAAAAACCUUUUAUACUAAAGGAAUAUAAAGAAAAAAUAGGCAAGGCCUAUCAACGACUUAACUUUUUUAUAUGUUAUGAAAAAGAAUUUAAAGAUCAUGAAUACCUCUCAGAGAGUUCAGAAUCUGACAAUAAGGUUGUCAUUAGAAGAAGGAAUUCUGCUGAGUUGGAUCAUGCUGACACGUUGGAACGUACAAACCAGGAAAUGGAGGAACACACUGAGAAAGGUCCAUUAAACAAGUUGGGCAAAACGGUGAGUUCAGACACAUCGAGCCCAGAACUUUCUCAACAGACCGUGCCCAGUCUAGAUGCCACAGCAACAGUCAGUGCCAUGUCUGAAUCGGCAUUAGAAACAGACAUUGCUGAUCGAUCACAGCCUGAAGAAAAAACAGACGGAACACUAUUAGUCCAGGGUGAAGGUGAAUCAAGCAGCACAGUCACCCCACCAGCUGCAGAAGAAACGGCUACCAUGGUUGUCUCCCAUACUUCCAGUGUUUCAGGCAGUGCAGUGGCCUCUCAGGCUGCAGGGGAGGCACCUUGCUCAGCCGCCAGGACACCCCUGGACGCUCUCUCUCCUAUGGAGACCCAAGAGGACGCUCUGGAUGAGAUGGAGGUGAACACCAUCAAGGUGGAGGACGAACAUCUGGCUGAGGUGAAUGAUGAGCAGAAAGAAGAUGGAGAGGAGGAGUUGGAGCGGCAUGGGAAGAUAAAUGUAGAGGAUAUGAAGGGCAUGCCAGUAAUUUGCUCAGUCAUAAAGGGGAGUGUAGAUUCCCUCAGUUUUUGCUCUCUGGAUAUGGGUGUUGACAUGAUUGGGGGGAUGGACACAGGGACUGAUGAAAUUAUGGACCAAGACGAAGAGCAGGAAGAUGGUGAAAAGAAGAUCAUCGUUGAAGAAGACAGCAGUGAUUCCAUGCCCUCAAAUGUGAAAACAGUGUCCAUAAGAGAAGAUUCCCACCCAGACCCCCUGUCCGGCUCCACCUCCUCCAGCAAAGCUGAUCCCCAAUCUGACGACACUGACUGCACCGGCGCUCUGGAGAACAAAGUUAAACUGGGACUAAGCAAACAAAUGGAGAAGUCAUCAAAUGUGAAACUUCCUUUGUCUAAACUGAGCAUUUCCCCCCAGGUCAAGGUAAAGGAUGAGCCUGUAGACGAGGAGUACGACGAGGCCCUUGUGCCCUACUCCACCUCAGGACAAGUCAAGGAUGAACCCGAGACUGCGGAGGACAAUCUGAAAAUCAGUGCCGUCUUCUCGGUGGGAGGGGCCUCCUCGCCAAGUGUGACCAUGGCAAGCCCCGUGCCGGUGCCCAUCCCCCCCAAGACAACACUUCCCUGUGCUCUGCCCCUUAUCCCCCCUUCCACACGCAUGGCCUGUGCAGCUUGUAAGAUGGCCCUUCUGAAGGGCCAGACAGCCUACCAAAAGAAGGGUUCCUCUUCUCUCUUUUGCUCCACUGCCUGCCUCACCAGACCCUUCCCUGCUUCCCAGAUCUUGCCCCCUGACAAGACAAUCUGCCACUACUGCUUCAACCAUAUAACCAGUCUGAAGACUAUGAUCAAGGCUCCUGUGGACACGGCAGGAACGAGGAAGGCCUUCUGCAGCAACACCUGCCUCUCUUCCUUUGACUUUAAGAGGAAAACUGCUGGACUAACCCUCUCCUCCUCCUCCACCCCAACUCUCACCACUACCGUUGCAAAAAUCGUUGAGAAGUGCAGCUAUUGUAAAAUCCCCCGCAUUACGCAACAUGAAGUGACAGUCCAGGGUGUUGUAUACAAGCUGUGUGGUGACAGCUGUUUCAAGAGUUUCCGCACCUCCAAACAGCUGUGCAUGACCACCUGUAUGAACUGUGGAGCCUACUGCCAGGACAAGAGCCCUCAGAUGAAGGUGGACAAGAUCAUCAAUAGCUUCUGCAAGGCUGCAUGCAAGGCCACAUACAAACAGAAUUGCAAGACCCCUACCCCUUGCACUAUGUGUCAUACGUCCAAGCCGCUGUCAGACAUGGUGGAGUCUACUGACCCGGAGGGAAAGACGGACCUCUUCUGCAACAGCACCUGUCUGACCGCACACAAGAUCAAGAGUGUCAGCUCAUCAGGUGGGCUGGUGGAGUGCAACUACUGCAAACAGAAGUCAGUGCCAGCCUUCCACCUCGCCAUGUCUGACUCCUCCAUCAGGAACUUCUGCACCCUGACCUGCGUCCUCACGUUCCAGGAGCAGUUCAACAAGAGCAAUGAGCAGAACCCGGUGAAUGUGGUACAAAAGCCCACCCCACCUCCUGCACCCCCUGUCCAAUCACAGACCAGCCAGACGGCGCCCGCCCCACCACAGGGACCUGUCAAGCUAACGUGCUCCCAGUGUGACCGCUUGUACACUACUAAGCCUGAGAUCCUUCAAUUCAAGGACAAGUUUAUGUUCCUAUGUGGCCCUGCGUGUUCUGAGGAGUGCAAGAAGACCAACGUUGUGAUGGACCGCUGUGUGUACUGCAAGAUUGAGAAGGUUAUUUAUGAAGUCAGGAGGAUCAACUCCAAGGACUGUUCCUUCUGCAGUGAAGGCUGUAAGCUGCUGUAUAACCUGGACCUGGAAAAGCUUCGGGGGCAGUACUGUCGUGUGUGCUCCUUCUGUGCCUCCACCUCCCAGAAGCUGGUUAAAGGACAGUUUGGAGGCAAGAACGAGGACUUCUGCUCUGAGUCAUGCAGGUCCAAGUUCACCAUGCUCUUCUGCCAAGUGGCGAAGUGUGACCAGUGCGGGCGCCAGGGGAAGCUGACAGAGACACUGCACAUGCUGGGCGAGGUCAAACACUUCUGUGACCUCCAGUGUGUUCUGCACUUCUGCUUCCAGAAGAACCUUAGCCAGAACCAAACCAGAGUGCCUGUCUCCAUUGCUCCUGUAGUAGGCACCACAGUGGCUAGCAGGUACACUCCCGUCAUCGCUAAUGUGGUCUCCCUCGCUAGCGCACCCACGAAGCAGCCCACAACCACAGCCAGUAUUGCCCUACAAGCAGCUGUUCCUGGUUCUUUCAUGAAGAUCGUUGGAAAUGCCAGCACCCAGACAGACAUGGCUCGUGCCCCCCCUGCCCCACCCCCCAGGAUUCUGAAGAACAAGGCUCUGCUCUGCAAGCCCAUGGUCCAGAACAAGGGAAUUGUGUGUAAACCCCAAAUGGUCAACUCAGAGUCUCAGACAGAUGAGAGGUCCCCCAAGGUGAUUGUGCUGCCCAUCCCAGUACCAGUGUACGUGCCCAUCCCUAUGAACCUCUAUGCCCAGUACGCCCCCAAUCCUGUGGGAUUCCCCAUACCGGUGCCCGUGCCCAUGUUCCUGCCGGUUACCCUUGACAACGCGGAGAGCAUCGUGAAGACCAUCCUGGAGAUCAAGGAGAAGAUCCCCUCCAACCCGUUUGAGGCCGACAUCCUCCUGAUGGCUGAGAUGGUGGCUGAGGACGGAGAGGAGGACAGGCCGGGGCCGGGUCAGACCCCUGCACCCAUACAAGAUGACCGGGUGAGUAACUACAGUGAGGACCUGGACACCGACGAUAUCGCCACCUUCCUCAACAACUGGCAGGAUGAGUGUGCCCCCAGCGGGCCCCCCUCCAAUCUGCCCUUUGCUAGAGAGACGCUUCCAUCAAAAGUGGACAUCCCUGUCGGCCAACCAGAUCCCCCUGCCCAACCACCUGUCCUGGACAUCGAAUCUGACUUCCCCAUUGAAACCCUGGAGUUGAUGGCCCACUGGAGGCAGCAGGCCCAGAAGCCCCCCAGCCCUCCAGCCCCCCGCUCCCCACCACGUCAAAGACCCCGCAGGAAGGUUCAGCAGAAGAAAAAGAAGGGUCAUGAAACACAGACGUCUGCGGCAUCACCGAGCGGGGUGCAGGAGGAGGUGGGGGUCACAGAGCCCCCCAAGCUGCAGCUUAUGUACGGGGUGGACGCCUGGAAGAGAUGGGUGCAAUGGAGGAACUCCAGGCCAGAUGUGGAGCCCGCCCCUCGGUUUGGCUCUCGGCCCAUGGUCCUGAAGGAGGACGUGCUCAAGUGCACCACGGCCGAGCUGGGCUUUGGCCUCUGUCGCUUCAUCAGUGAGGUGCAGCGCCCCAACGGACAGCGCUACUCCCCAGACAGCCUGUUCUACCUGUGCCUGGGGCUGCAGCAGCACCUGUUUGAAAAUUCCCGCAUGGAGAACAUCUUCACCGAUCUGUUCUACAGCAAGUUCACCAUGGAGAUCACGAAGCUGCUGAAGGACUUUGAACCCACCAUCACAGACAGUGGCUACGUCCACUCUAGGGUGGAGGAGGAGUACCUGUGGGGCUGUAAGCAGCUGGGGGCCUACUCCCCCAUCGUGCUGCUCAACACCCUCCUCUUCUUCUGCACCAAGUACUUCCACUUCCGCACGCCUGACCAGCAUCGCCAGCUCUCCUUCGGCCACGUCAUGCGCUGCACGCGCUCCAGCUUCGAUGGCUCCAAAACCAACUUCUUGCGUUUCUACCCGCCCCUCUCCUUCAAGGAUCAGCCCGCUGAAGCAGAAGGAGUGACAGCAAAGAGGAAGAGGGAGGAGCAGGAGAAGAUGCUGGAGAUGGUCGAGAACAAUGACAACCCUCUCCGCUGUCCUGUACGACUCUACGACUUCUACCUGUCAAAGUGUUCAGAGUCAGUGAAGCAGAGGACCAACGUGUUCUACCUCCACCCAGAACGCUCUUGCGUUCCAAACAGCCCCCUGUGGUUCUCCUCCACGCCCCUCGACGACACCACCAUGGAAACCAUGCUCACGCGCAUCCUCACAGUCCGAGAGAUGCAUCUGAGGCCGGAGGAGGGAGGAGAGGGAGACAAGAUGGAGGACGAGGCGUCCUCCCCUCCAGCUUUUGAGGGUGAUGAUGACGAAGCCUCAGACUGACCUCUGCGAUGUGAGAGGACGGCAUGACUGACCAGCUGCUCACACACACACACACACACACCUUGUUUACAUGCAAAUACACACACAUACUGUCCAUGCUGUUCAGGUAGGACUGGAUGGUUGACCGCCGGGAUUUUCAUGUCAAGGUUUUGAAGCAGAGGGGUGUACGUGUGUCUACCACCCAGUAUGAAGCUGCUGCGUAGCUAGGAUAUGGAGAGCGUCUUCAGCUCUCGAUCUCCAUGCUGCAAUUGGAGGAUCAGUGUGGUUUUGUCAGGGCCACGGAAAUAACACUAGUCUGAAAAACAAACUAACCAUCAAACAUUAUUCAAAGGAAUUGUCAUAAUGCUCAUAAUAUGAAGGUUCAAAAUCUUCAAGUGAUGCACUUCAUGUGAUAGGAGCUGUAGUUUAUGUAUUGUCAUUAUGUAAGAUGGUAGGUUGGCUGUACUUUGUAACAUAACAACUGAAUCCCUGACGUUUGACAUGUAUGAUGACACGUCUAACAAUGUCAUCUGACAUUGUUAGACGUGGGAAUGCAAGUGUGUAUUCCUUGACAUUAUGUCAACACUUUGAUAGUUUUAUUAUCAAUGAGGAAAGUGAGACAAUUCUCUCUAAGCUUGAGGCCAUACCUGUGCUGUAUGAUUUAUAAGUUGUUUGUUUGGACUGAUACAGUAACAAGUGUCUUUCAUAAUAGUCUCAACUCAUAGAAGGCUCCGGGUUGUGUUUGGUUGAAAGCUUUAUUAUUACUCUUUUUUUAAAUAAAAACCUCAAAACAGA